AUGCAGAUCCAAUCCGCCCUCGUCUCCCUCGCCCUCGUCGCCGGCACGGCCUCGGCCUACGAGCACGUCUACACCAACGGCACCUACACCAUCACCAAGGUCUGGGACGCCGUCACGACCUACUGCCCCCAGCCCACCACCCUCUGCUUCAACAACCGCACCUACACCAUUGAGCAGCCCACCACCUUCAUCAUCCCCGACUGCCCCUGCACCCAGACCUACACCACCAACCAGUGCUCCGAGUGCGCCCACGCGACCGGCUACGUCGUCCCCGCUCCGCCCGCCAAGACCGACGUGCCCCCCGCCGUCCCCACCCAGACCGGCCUCAUCACCUGCCCCGGCAGCCCCAACUGCCCUCCCGCUGCUUCCGGCGGUGCUGGUGGUGCUGGUGGUGCUGGUGGUGCUGCCUCCGGUGGCGCUGGUGGUGCCGGCGGUGCUGCUACCCCCAGCCAGACCGGCGCGCUCGUCUGCCCCGGCAGCCCCAACUGCCCCGCCACCGGCACCGCUGGCACCAACGGCACCAAGCCUACGACCGUCGUCGUCGCCGGCGCCGAGAAGAACGCCGCUGCUGCUGGCGUUGCUCUCGUUGCUGGUGUCGUUGCCGUUUUGGCUCUGUAA